AAGCCGACUAUAUUUCUAUCCUUUAGCUCCCACUCGACCAAUCUACCUUUUGAUCUGCUCGCAGGCUUUGCAGAGACCUAUCACUCUGUCGGUUUGCUCCAGCCUUUUUACAUAUUGAUCAUUUGCUCAACCAACACUAUGGCUCCUGUCACUUGCGAUGUUCAGGUAGAAUUUUCCUCGCCGUACUACGGGAGACUGAUCCUCAGCAAGAUUCGCAACGAGGACAACACGCCGGUGACGAUCAACUCGUUCCUCGGUCUGGCCUUCAAGUCCCCCGCGCAGGUCGACAAGCCCUACUUUACUGUGUCCCUCACCCCGUGGCAGGCAGUCACCGCCAUGGUCACGAACGAACCGGUCAAAUCGUCCCUCUACACCGUGUUGGCAGGACUCCACCUUGAGUCUCCGCACACGUUCAACACCAAUGACACCAUUACGAUUGACAUCAAUGGCGACUUGAAUGCCGACGCCGAGACCUACGUGAAGUCCUUUGUGCUCGCCGCGGACAAGAUGCCCGACACCAACGGCAAGGUCGAUGUCCAUUGCCAGGAACACGCCCCACGAGAUGCUCGCCAGUGCGCAGCAGAAGGUCACUCUCACGGAGGGCAAGCGAGUGAUCACCGCGCACAUGGUGCCCGGUGAAAAGAGGAUCGUGGUUGCACCAGCCGGCAACUACGCCGUCGCAGCUAGCGAGCUCGCUACGGUGGACGAAACCUACGUUGCGACCGCUUACGCCACGCCCUCUAGCUUGGUUGUCGAGGCUGGCAAGACAGUGUCUCUGAGCGUUGCUUACGGCGACCUAAAGGAGUAGGUAAGGAGCGUUAGAAACGGAUAGGAGGAGGAGAGGAAAUUGCAAGGCGUUAGUGGCGGUAGUCGUGAGGUCAGGAUGAAGGAGCGGAAACUGGGGGAGAUACUCCUCUCUAAAGUCCUGUAGGCACUAUCUCAAUCUAUUCAAGCCGACAGGAAAUACGCUAUGGACAAGUACAGUGAUCCGGGCCGGAGUGUCCAUUCGUCGAAC